GCACGUGAGCAUCCACGGUUUCUCCCUGCUUGCCUUUAUCCUUAGGAGUUGGUAUUGCGGGGACAGCCCGGGUCCGGUGUAUGGCCACGGAGUUACGGUGCCGGGACUCCAUGCCCUGUCACAACCAACAAGUAAACUCUGCCUCUACCCCAAGCCCUGAGCCGCCGCGACCUGGCGACCUCAUCCCGGAUCCUGCUGGGGGAAACAGCGCCUUCAAAGCGAAGCCGACUCUCCUCACCAGUCACGCCCAUUCUAGCGUUUCGGGGGAGGGGGACCCUCGGGCCUGCGCCGGGGGCAGCCUCAACCCAGAGAGUAACAGUGGCAGUGACAACUGUGACGCAUCGGCCCGCGAUUGCCUCCUAAGGGACAGCCAACUCUCCGGGCAGAUUGGGGCUCAGCUUAAGCUGCUACCCAUGAAUGACCAGAUCCGGGAGCUGCAGACCAUCAUCCGGGACAAGACAGCCAGUAGAGGGGACUUCAUGUUUUCUGCAGAUCGUUUGAUUAGACUUGUUGUGGAAGAGGGAUUGAAUCAGCUGCCGUAUAAAGAAUGCGUGGUGACCACUCCAACAGGGUACAAGUAUGAAGGAGUGAAAUUUGAGAAGGGAAAUUGUGGGGUCAGCAUAAUGAGAAGCGGUGAGGCAAUGGAACAAGGUUUACGAGAUUGCUGUCGAUCCAUCCGUAUUGGGAAGAUCCUGAUUCAGAGUGAUGAGGAGACACAGAGAGCCAAAGUAUAUUAUGCCAAGUUCCCUCCAGACAUUUAUAGGAGAAAAGUCCUUCUGAUGUAUCCAAUUCUCAGCACUGGAAAUACUGUAAUUGAAGCUGUAAAGGUUCUUAUAGAACAUGGGGUUCAGCCCAGUGUUAUCAUUCUACUCAGUCUGUUCUCCACUCCUCAUGGUGCCAAAUCAAUCAUUCAAGAGUUUCCAGAGAUCACAAUUUUAACCACUGAAGUUCAUCCUGUUGCACCUACACAUUUUGGGCAGAAAUACUUUGGAACAGAUUAAGUUAUUGAAGAAAAAUUUAUCUUGUGUAAUAUUACAGUUAUGUUUUGAGUUUUUACAUGUUUUACUGAUUCAGUUGAAGAAUAGCAGAGAAAAUUGUGUUAAAUAUGCUUAGCAAUUUUUGGAAGUGGGUAUAGUAAAAAGAAAACAUUUGAGGUUUAUUUAUUUUAUUUGGUCAUUUCUGGACUGUUUUCACCAAAUUCAACAGUGAAGU